AAACCUUCAAAAUUCGUAUACAAAUGUCCACUACCCCGUCCUAAUUAAAUUGGUUGCAUAUAAUUUCAUACAACACACUGAUCAACGAUGGAAUCUUUCUUUCCUUGAUCUUCUUUUCUCUGAUAUGUUAGUCUGUCCCCAACUCCCUCAUUAUUUUAACAAGGCGGCUAUCUUUUACCAGAUUUUUAGCCAACAUAAAAUCCUCAGGAACAAACAUCUGACCGACGAUGUUGAAGAUGGGUCUUCUUUCUCUCUUUUUUCACUUUCUUUUCCUCUCCAUUUCCAGCGGUGAGAUCUCAAGCCAAGUGGGAAUAAACUACGGCCAGCUUGGGGACAAUCUACCGUCUCCGGAAAAGUCAGUUAAGCUAAUCCAAUCCAUUGGAGCUAAUCGCGUCAAAAUCUACGAUGCAAAUCCCGACAUCCUUAAUGCUCUCAGAGGCACAGAUCUGCAAGUCUCGAUCAUGGUCCCAAACCAACACUUAACCAACAUCUCCACAAACCAAAAACUAGCUGAUUCUUGGAUUCAAUCCAACGUUCUCCCUUUUUACCCCAAAGUCAAAAUCCGAUACCUCCUCGUCGGCAACGAAGUCAUCAGCAGUUCCCCUAAAGAAAUCUGGUACAGCAUCGUACCAGCCAUGCGUAAAAUAAAAAAUGCCUUAAACACCCACAGGCUCAACAAAAUCAAAGUCGGCACCUCAAUGGCAAUGGAUGUCCUGGAAUCAUCGUUUCCACCAUCCAACGGCACGUUCCGGUCUGACAUCGCCGAUCCGAUAGUUAAACCAAUGUUGCAGUUUUUAAGCCGGACCAAGUCUUUCUAUUUCCUCGAUGUUUACCCUUAUUUUCCUUGGUCCACCGACUCCAAUAACAUUAACCUCGAUUACGCGCUUUUCGUAUCCCGAACGAUAAAAUACACCGACCCGGUUUCCAAUCUAACCUACAGUAAUUUGUUUGACCAGAUGGUUGACUCCGUUAUUUUCGCAAUGGAAAAACUCGGGUAUCCGGAUGUUCGGAUCUGGAUAGCGGAAACAGGUUGGCCCAAUGCCGGCGAUAUCGAUCAAAUAGGAGCCAACAUUUACAAUGCCGCUACUUACAACAGAAAUGUUAUCAAGAAACUAACUGCCAAGCCUCCAGUUGGAACUCCGGCCCGACCGGGACGGGUUCUACCGUCUUUCAUAUUCGCUCUUUAUAAUGAGAACCAGAAGCCAGGUCCGGGAACGGAGCGGCACUUCGGGUUAUUAUAUCCAAAUGGGUCCAACGUGUAUGGGAUCGAUUUGAGUGGGAAGACUCCGGAUUCGGCGUACGAGCCGUUGCCAAAGCCAACAAACGACGAGCCGUAUAAGGGGAAGGUUUGGUGCGUGGCGGCUAGAAGAGUCAAUGCGAGCGAGUUGGGUUCAGCAUUAUCGUACGCAUGUUCGCAAGGGAAUAAGACUUGUGACCCGAUUCAAUCCGGAAAAGAAUGCUUCAAACCCGAUUCGUUGGUUUGGCAUGCUAGCUACGCCUUUAGCUCUUAUUGGUCGCAGUUCAAGAAGACCGGUGCGACCUGUUAUUUUAACGGCUUGGCUACUCCAACGGCCAAAGAUCCAAGUUUUGGGCGCUGUAAGUUUCCAAGUGUGACCCUUUGAAGUUCUCUAGUAAGUCGUCAGGGGAGUGAUUUGGGUCCCCCUUUCAUUCAUUUUUAUGUAGAGGGUAACUUUUUGGCUGGCUGUCGGCACACAAACAAACCUCUCUUCUCUAGUUCAAUCUUCAUCAAGUAAAAUGGGCACCCAAAUCACUUUGUAUUGCGCUGUAGUUUUAUUUAUUAUAUCAAUCACUCAUUUGUUUGGUCGGUGACAAUAGAGUACUUUAUUGAAAUUUAAUUGUUUGCUCUGCCCUCUAUUAAUCUGAUUGAUAAAUUUUCAUUUCAACAA